CUUCUUAUCACGAACAGGCUCUCUCAUGGCAUCAAGUGUGGACGAAGCCGCCGUUGCUGAGUGCUAUCGCCAAGCACGCCGUGAUGGCGUAUUCGCUGGCGCCUCCGCAGGCUUAGUCGGAGCCAUCGUGGGCUCCAGGCUAUUCCGGUUCAAUCGGACGAACACGAUCCUCUCUUUCGCUUUGACAGGAUUGCUAUCCGGCUGGCAGUUCACCCUCGCGUUUCAAAAUACCAACUUGGCGCGGCUGAGAGCCGAGCAAGCAGCUGCCGCUGCCAGGUUGAAGCAAGACGCAGCGGACAUGUCGGCGGCAACGUUCUAAGCUUCGGACGAUUGCCGGAACGCUGUCACCCAUCAUCGCCGUGGAGGCUCGGUUUCCUCGCUUGCGUGUCUCCAACGCAUUGCGCAUCCUGAGUAAUGAUGCCUCGCGAAUCGUUCGAACGUCGAUGGUGCCUUGUCGUCUUCGGUAUUCCACUUAUUGAAUCUCCAGUCUGCCUUGCGUUAGCUUAUCCGCCGCUCGGUUCUAUGGAAACUCGGGUAGAAACCACGCCCCAGGUUCUACGAUUCACCGCUUGCACCAGCAUCGAUGAAAUUUGAAGACAGCCAUGCAUCUUACGACCAGCUGAAGUCACCCGGUCACACGGGCUCGCGAUUACCGAUGUGCAGCGCCAUGCAUUCAGUGGCCCAAAUCGGGAUACCUUUCCG